CGUUUCUUUUUUUUCCAGAUAUAAUGUUUUAUAUUGUAAGUGUACUGGCUUCCUGUUUGUUUAUUCUAUCUACAGGAAAGCCAAAAGCCUAUAUGUACAACCAGCUGUAUCAACAACAGUAUAAUUAUCCAUAUAAAGAUUAUUCUGCAGUUUCACAGUUAAACAGAGUAUAUUGGAAUCAAAGAUACAGUUUACCCUCUAACAAUAUUUACUCUUCAGGUUCUUGGAUGCAACAUGGUCAAAGAUACACUGAACCCUCAGGAUACUCCCAACCAUCAAGAUACUCCCAACCCUCAAGAUACUCCCAGCCCUCAGGACACUGGUAUGAUGCCCAAGUAUCCCAUCAUCAAAGAAAUAGAGCACCUUACUCAAAUAGUUACAACCAAGGAGGAAACCAGUAUCAGCAGUUUACUCCAGAAGUUGGGGAGGUGUCAGAAUUUAGAGAUGAAAGACCUCACAAGUUCUUCGUAGAUGAUUAUGGGAAUAUUCUUAACUUUAAUCCCAUGGACAAUAUCUUUUAUCAUGGAUCUUAUUAUAAUACUGUUGGAAUGUCUGGAGGAAACGGAGGUGGACGCCCUCCGAUAAAUGUUGGAAGGCCAGGAGGAAACGGAGGCGGACGCCCUCCAAUUAAUGUUGAAAGGCCUGGAGGAAAAGGAGGGGGACGCCCUCCGAUAACUGACGGAAUACCUGGAGGAAAUGGAGGUGGUCGCCCUCCAAUAAAUGUUGGAAUUCCAGGAGGAAAUGGAGGGGGACGCCCUCCAAUAAAUGUUGGAAUGCCUGGAGGAAAUGGAGGGGGACGCCCUUCAAUAAAUGUUGGAAUGCCAGGAGGAAAUGGAGGGGGACGUCCUCCGAUAAAUGUUGGAUUACCAGGUGGGAACGGAGGGGGGCGCCCCUCAGUUAUAGAUGUAGAAAUAUCACAGGGAAAACCACCUCAAGCGGUGGUAGAAGCAAUUAGUGAGGAUAACAUAGAUGUGAACAUCUUUGAUGACGAAAAACAACAUUUAAUGGAUGAUGAUGACAAUUCUGAUCCCAAUACUAAUUAUACUUCUUUUGAUGAUGAAGAUGAAUAUAACUUUCUUGAUGAUGACAAAGAUAAUUCCAUUCUUGAUGAGAAAAAUGAUGAAGAAGCUGAUAAUACCUUUCUUGAUGAUGAUGAAUAUGAGGAUGAAUAUAAUGAGAAAGGGUCUGGAUUAGAUGCUGAAGAUGGUGAUGAAUAUACUGCAGAAGGGUCUGGAUUAGAUGCUGAAGAUGAUGAUGAUGACAGCACUGACAAUUGGUGGGGAAGAUAGUAGAAUAAAUAUCUGUUAUUUGCCAAUGUACGAAAAUGUUUUUUGCAUAGAUCUUUAUGAUCUAAUAAGUAUUUAUCUUCUUAUUGAUAAAAAAUGGAACAUGUAAAAUGUAUAAAUUUGUAUAAAUUGCAUAGGAUAGAAUUUUGAAUUUAUUGUUUCAGGGCAAUUAUUCUGCAUUUUUCCGCACACCCUUCUAUAGUAUAUAAAACGCGCAAGAUUCCAUUUUCCACGUCAAUCUGUUUCCGAUAAGAAUGCGGAAUUUGCGUGGAAUAAGUUUGGCGCAAAUAAUUGUUUUUAAAGAUGCUUAUAUUUCACGAAUAGAUAUGUGAAGAAAUUGCCAAAAUUGCGAAGGAAAUGAAAGAAAUAUUGUGCGAAAAAAGUUGUAAACAGAGAUUGAUCUUUUUCUCUUCAUCAAACAUUUAGGUAAAGGAGGAGAAAUAAUUAAUUAUAAUUUAUUUAAACUUCUAAUGAAGAGAUUUUUGCGCAAUUAAUUGUUACAGCUGCAUUCAACACUCUAGUUUUUCUUGGAAUUUUUGGUGUCGCCUAAAAUUUUUGCGCGAAAUUGUUUCCGUGGAAUUCCGCAUCAUUUGUGCUUGCUUCCGUAAUUUCUUUUUCACGCAAAAAUGCGGUAUUCCGCAAAUAAAUUUACUUAUUAAUACAUUUAAACAAACAUUUUAAUACGGGAGUCGCUCAGCUAACAAUAAACGAUAAAAAUGUCAUAAAUCACAUAACAAUACAAAAUAAAAGCCAUCUCUAGUCUCUCCAUGCUUACAAUUUUUCACAAAAUCAGACGUCAUAAUUUGUUUUUUAAAUAGCUUUAAAAAUUUGCUUUAUCUAUCAAUAUUAUCGUAUAUAUUUCACCUAAAUAUUCAAUAUUUAAAUUUAAGGUUUUAUUACAGUGAUAUUCUAAAUAAGCCGGAGUAAUGUAAAUUGAUUGAUUGAUGAUCGAUGAUUUCAAAUUCGUCUUUGACUUUACAAAUAGUUUGUGGCAUUCAACAUUGGUCACCUGAUUUUAGCAAUAUUUUUUGUAAAACAGUAAUCACUGCCAUUUCCAAAAUGUGGUCACUGGUCAGCCAUUUUUGUGAUUUUAUAGUUGGCGUAAAUAUGAAUGAUUUCGUUCAGAAUGAGACAUCUUCAUGGUUUUAUUUAAUAAAAUGAAAGAAGGUU